GAAGAUAAAGUUUAUCACCAGCUGCAGCUACAGUGUCACCAGUGUCGUACUGAGCCACAAACGAGGUGUGUUUAUCCAGUGAUGUGGGCUGAAAAAGUUGGGAAACAGUUGGGCCACCCAACACGAUCAGUGGCAGGAUGGCUGGUCAGUAAGUUUCUCAAUAUACGGAACCGGGUCCUUGAGGAGAAUGCCGUGCAGCUUUGUGGGAUUCAGCCUGGAGACACAGUGCUGGAACUGGGUCACGGCCCAGGUCUGGGUCUGCAAUCAGCAGCCAAACUGCUCACAGAGCCCGUAGGCCACCUUAUAGGAGUGGAUUACUCAGAGUUCAUGCACCAGAUGGCUAGUGAGCAUAUGAAGGAACUUGUGGCCAGUGGUAAAGUGACCCUACACCACUGUGAUGUUGCAGCAAUGCCUCUGGCAGACAGUACUGUGGAUAAAGUCUUUCAUUGUAACUGCUAUUACUUCUGGCCUGACCUCAGGGAGGGAGCCACAGAGAUACACCGGGUAAUGAAACCGGGAGGCCUGAUGGUGACAACACUGAGGCUGUUCAAUGUGGCUACUAUGGCAGCAAAGCAAGUGAUGCCAGGGGAGAACUGGCACCCGGAAGCCUACAUGGCAGCUUUGAGAGACUCGGGUUUCACUGAUGUCAGAAUGGAAGACAAACAACACAAACACAUUACUUUUCAGGCUAUCUAUGCCACUGCCUUAAAAUGAGAGUGUAUUAAGAUUGUGAGUUUUUUCGACCUAAUUUCUGUGAUUAUGAGGUAUUGUAUGAUCACUUUGGUUUUCACAUUGUACCUUUUGAAGAUGGAAAUGUGUUUUAUAAUAAUGAUAACAUGAUCAUAAAUUGCUCUCUUCUGGCUGUAA